AUGCCGAAGCCAGCUUUGAUCGCACUUUCUAAUGCGCUCCCAGCAGCUAGCGAACAACCCCGAAUCAUUCAAGCAGCUAGCCAUCGACUGGUGGAGAAGAACAAAGCCGCACCAAGCCCAGCAGCCGCGCACCUCCCCACCACGCCCUCUCCCCGCAUUCUGUCUCUCACACAUGCGACUGCCACCGUGGAUUCAGAAACAUCGACGCGGAAUUCUACCAGCGAGCUGACGUCGUCGUCCGAGGAGCGCCCCCCGGCGCAUGAAACGCCCGCCGAGAGGAGCCAUAGCACUGCGUUCCAGAAACAGGCGAGAAGAAAACAGCGGUGGAAGAACGCUCAAGAAGGAAAUCGCAGAUGGAGUAGAAGCGGCCCCUCGUCGGAUGAUACAGGCCCGGAUCGCAAGACAUCGCUGUCGGGCUCGUCACGAGCAAGUUCCUCUGCCCCAGCCCACUCACCCCAGCCCAGCUGGACUGCCCAGACAACACAUUCACUCCCUAGCACUGCUCCCACAAGCGGGCCUGCUUUCAAGCAACGAUUCAUGGCAACAAGCUUUGGAGGUCCCACGGGUGAUUCGCGGCGAGGAGUGUCAUCUCCUCGACCAAAAGGUCGCGAAGCAAAGAACACAUUCUGCCGAAAUGUCACCAUAUAUGGCCAUUGUCGGUAUGAAAAUACCUGCCCGUACAUCCACGAUCCUUCCAAAUUAAACCAGAACGAAAACAUGAAGAAACGAUUCAAUGUUGACUCGCCAUCCUUUACCCCUCUUCAAGCCAGCACGAACGGUUCCUUGACUCCUUCGUCGCGAAAUGCUGCCAUCUCGCCCAAAGCCGCCAAUGCAGCGGUCUUCACUCCCAAAUCACAGAGGUCAACCGCAAGCACGCCUAGCCUGCACACAAAAGAACCUGCUUUGGAAUGGCACCAACAAGAAUUUCAGGAAUUUGUGCCCCAGACAUAUGAGAGCCAGAUGGUCGACCCAAACACUUCUACUUCGGUCCUAGGCUAUGAUCCGUUUAACGCAUCUUCUACAAUACCAACUAUUGCCGGUCCUGGGCACCAGCCAUCAUCUAUUAACCCAUAUGUUCAAGACCCUACAGGGCUCUCUGGAGCAUCUUAUUACCAAAAUGCCAACACUUUUCAAACCUCUCCCGCAUUCCAUCUCUACUGGCCAAUUGGGCCCCAACCAACCAAUCUCCUGGCGUAUCAACGUACGGCACAUGAUUUCUUUAUCCCAGAAGCCCUACGAGAAGAGCUACAAAAGAAAUCAGAAGUGGCCCGACAGAUUCUACCAAAUUCCUCUUUACCUCCGAUUGAGCAUUACUAUUCUCUUGUUUGUCUAGACACUGCACAGCACAAGAACCAGUCACUGUUUGGGUACCAGAGCUGGGUGUACAAAGCCGUCUCGAGCAAGGACGGAAACACUUAUGCAUUACGACGGCUUGAGGGCUUUCGGUUGACGAAUGAGAAUUCAAUUCGGACGGUACAGCCUUGGAAAAGAGUUCUCAAUGGCAGCGUCGUUACAGUUCAUGAUGCGUUCACGACGAGGGCAUUUGGGGAUAACUCUCUUAUCCUCGUUACCGAUUACCAUCCUUGCUCGAAGUCGCUUGCAGAAGAACACUUCAAGACUAUGCCGGUACGAUUUCAUGGAGCAAGGCAGGCAGCAUCAGCGCAUAUCCCUGAGCAGGUUCUCUGGGGAUAUCUCGUGCAGAUCGCCUCAGCCUUGAAGGCUAUCCAUGGCGUGGGCUUAGCGGCACGACUCAUUACACCGUCCAAAGUCUUGCUCACAUCGAAGAAUCGAGUGCGACUGAAUGCGUGUGCUAUCCUGGAUGUUGUCCAGUAUGAUAAUGCUCGGCCUCUUGCUGAGCUUCAAGCUGAGGACCUUGUCCAACUCGGUCGUCUUAUCCUGUGCAUUGCCAACAACAGUCCGGCGGCCCAACUCAAUAUACAAAAAUCACUGGACCAUAUUGGCCGGAGUUACACUGGUCGUCUAAAAGACUGUGUUCAGUGGCUGCUCAACCCCCAACCUCCCCCGAGCACACCGACAUCCCCAACUUCGGCUGGGCCAGUCCAGAAGGACAUUGAUAGUUUUUUGACUGGAAUCGCGGAUCAGUUUGCUUCAGUCUUCGACAGCACACUCCAUGCGGAGGACACACUCAUCAGCACCCUCGGUCGCGAAUUGGAAUCCUCGCGGCUUGUCCGUCUCCUUAUCAAACUGAAUUUUAUCAACGAGCGACCUGAAUUGGACGCAUCGAUACCUGUGCCAAGCGGCAAUACCACCUCACCUUCCACAGCGUGGGCAGAAACCGGGGAAAGAUACUAUCUCAAACUCUUCCGCGACUAUGUGUUCCACCAAGUCGACACAAACGGGCAUCCCGUCACCAACCUAGCCCAUGUUCUUGACUGUCUAAACAAAUUGGAUGCCGGAAGCGAGGAGAAGAUAGCGCUCAUCAGCCGCGAUGAGCAGAAUAUUUUGAUUGUUAGCUAUCGUGAGCUGAAAAGAGGUGUGGAGUCAGCGUUCCAGGACCUGAUUAAGGCAGGGAGAGGUGGUGGGAGGUAG